ACAUUAGUGCUAUUUUUUUUUUUUUUUGGGUUAAUUUUUUACUUUGCUUUUAGUUUAAUUGACCCGGUGGGUGUGGAUAAUAGGUUGAUCUUGAUGGGAUUGGAGUGCUUUUGAUUCUUUGUUUGCAUGUCCCAAUCAAAAUGGGGUAUGGAAUUUGAUUGAAAGGACAUGGACUUUGGAGUGCUGGGUUUUCUGGGUUUCUCAUAUUUUGGCCAUUUCCGCUCUGAAUUUCAUAUAUAACACUGAGGUGUUGGGGAAAGUUGAAUACAGGGAAUGGUUGCUGUUAAUUGUUCCUUUGUCUGGAGAACAUUUCUUUGGAGGGGGAAUCUCAUGGGUGUUGCUGCUUGCUGAAAGGGGAAGCUUUCCCUGAAGCUGGAUUUAAGUGAGAACAACUAUGAGCAGCAUCUGAUGAAUAUAGAAGCUGAGAAUUGAUAAAAAGGAAGAAAGAUCAGACAUGAAGUUUAUGAAACUUGGGUCACGGCCCGAUACUUUCUAUACCACCGAGGCUGUGAGGUCUGUCUCCUCAGAAAUCUCUAGUGAUCUCAUAGUUCAAGUGAAAGGAAGCAGAUAUAUGCUUCACAAGUUUCCUCUGCUCUCCAAGUGCUUGCGUCUACAGAGGCUAUGCUCUGAAUUCCAUGAAUCCGCACAACCCCAAAUAGUCCAACUGCCCGAUUUCCCAGGUGGGGUAGAGGCAUUUGAACUGUGCGCCAAGUUUUGCUAUGGAAUCACAAUCACUCUCAGCGCCUUCAACAUUGUGUCCGCUCGGUGUGCUGCAGAAUACCUCCAGAUGACGGAGGAUGUUGAGAAGGGAAACCUCAUAUACAAGCUCGAGGUUUUCUUCAAUUCCUGCAUCCUUCAUGGUUGGAAGGACUCAAUUGUGACUCUGCAGAGCACCAAAUCCUACCCUUUGUGGUCAGAAGACCUUGGAAUCACAAGCCGUUGCAUCGAAGCAAUCGCUUCAAGGGUCCUAAGCCAUCCCUCAAAGGUGAAUUUGUCACAUAGUUACUCCCGAAGGGGCAGGGAUGAUUUGUCGUCCUGUAAUGGAACAGAAAGCCUGAGACAUAGACCUGUUAGUAAGGGGUGGUGGGCUGAAGACAUAGCUGAAUUGGGCAUAGACCUUUAUUGGAGAACAAUAAUAGCAAUUAAAUCCGGUGGGAAGGUACCAUCUAAUCUCAUUGGUGAUGCAUUAAAAAUUUAUGCGUCUAGAUGGCUACCCAACAUUUCUAAAGAUGGAACUAUCAUGAAACGAGCUGCGUCUGACCCAGAUUCUGAUUCAAUAGGCGAGAUAACUUCAAAGCAUCGGUUUCUCUUGGAAUCAAUAGUAAGCCUACUCCCGGCGGAAAAGGGUGCUGUUUCUUGUAGUUUCCUGCUUAAACUCUUAAAGGCAGCCAAUAUACUCAAAGCUUCCUCUUCUUCCAAGAUGGAAUUGGCCAGAAGAGUAGGAAUUCAAUUGGAGGAAGCAACAGUCAAUGAUCUGUUAAUACCUUCUUUAUCAUAUACUAAUGAUACAUUAUAUGACCUAGAUAUAGUCAUGAUCAUACUGGAGCAGUUCAUGUUGCAGGGGCAGAGUCCCCCUACUACCCCACCGAGAGUCAAGGGGAGUUUUGAGAAGCGGAGGUCUCGGUCUGCAGAGAAUGUUGAUUUUGGGUUUCAGGAGAGCAGGAGGUCUUCCUCCGCCUCCCAUAGCUCAAAAUUGAGGGUGGCAAAGCUUGUGGAUGGGUAUCUUCAAGAGAUAGCCCGUGAUGUUAAUUUGCCUCUUUCAAAGAUGAUAGCACUUGCUGAGGCUGUACCAGAUUUUGCAAGGCUAGACCAUGAUGAUCUAUACAGAGCUAUUGACAUUUAUCUCAAGGCACACCCAGACCUCAGCAAGAGUGAAAGGAAACGAUUGUGCCGAAUCCUAGACUGCAAAAAACUAUCAGUGGAGGCCUGCAUGCAUGCAGCGCAGAACGAGUUACUGCCACUGAGGGUGGUGGUGCAAGUCCUUUUCUUUGAGCAAGCUCGAGCGGCUAUGGCCGGUGGCCAAGUUACAGAGCUGCCUAACAAUAUCAAGGCACUUCUAGCCACACACAAUGUUGAUCCAUCAAGGCCUCCAGCGCCAUUAAGCACCACAACUACAGUUGCGGCAGAGGACCAGUGGAGCAUCUCUGGCCUCAAAUCCCCAAAGUCUAGCCUUUCAACUUUAAGGAUGAAGCUGGCAGAAGAUGAUGACCUGGAGGAAAAUGAUAUCCACCCGGAUGGAAUUGGGAGGUCUUCUAAGCUUAAAGCUCUCUGCUCAAUUCCUACUCGGCCUAAAAGAAUGCUCAGUAAGUUGUGGUCCAUCAAUAGAAGUGCAAGCGAAAAGAAUUGAUUGAAUUUUGUUGACUUUGGGUUGGGGAUGGUAAUUUGAGGGGUAACUUACAAUACUCUUUUCUUUGUUUUCCUUUUCUUGUUUUUCUUUUUUCCUUUUUCUUUUUUUUCCUUUUUUCUUGAAAAAUGUCUUGUAAUUUUAGGGGGGGGGGGGAAGGAUCCCAAUGUGCAUUGUGGGUGUAAUCUAUUCUAAUAAGAAACAAGAUUUUUGGGGACACAGGAGAGUAAAUUUCUUGAGCAGCCUCAAUUUAUAGAAAAGGGAACACGGCUCUUAGUUGUAAAUGACUAAUUGGGGACCAAAAUACACCUGUCUUUGUCUCUUUGUUGCAGUU